UCCCAGGGGCGGGGCUGGGCUUCCCAGCUGAUCACCAUCCUAGAGAAGAGCAGUUCCCAAAGAUGCUCCACUUUGGAUCUCUCAUUAGGUGAGGGUUAAUUUAUCGUGCAACCGGCCACUUCUAACAUGCUUUGCAGCCAUGCACUUCUGCACGGCACGGCUGUAGACUGCGUUCAGGGGGCUGAGUGCAUGAGUCACUUCUGUCAGUGCCCCCACAGUGCCAGGAGUUUGCCCAGCUACUGUCACUGCCAGCUUUUCCUCUGCUUGUGCCUGUGAGGUUUCUGUCCAGGGAGGACUCCUGGUUUAUUGACAUGGGACCCUGGCUUUGCUUUUCACCCCCACGACUUGGAGACUGAAUCUGGCUACAGGAAGCAUCACAGACCGAAGCCAUUUGAACGACUUGUGCAUAUUCAAAGGGUUGCACCAUGACAGCUGAGGAGGAGCCAUCUCACACCAUGAUGAAAUCUGAGCUGAGCUAUGAGGACGAGAGUAAGGUGCGUGAGGAGGCUGAGUUGCUGAUGAAGCCUGAGGCCGAUUGGGAGAAGUUCCUCCUGCCAGCCCCCAUCAUUGUUGCCUUGCUGGGACAGCUGGUGUGCAUCCCUGUAGAGAAAGGAGACUUCUCCAUCUGUGAGCAUGCCCCUAGUGGUGGGUACAGAUACUUCAAAGAGACUAAAUCCUUCAAGGUGUGCUUGCAGGAAGUGUGUGACAGAGUGUGGGAUGCCUUCCAGCUGGGCAGGAACAAAGCCACCCUGAUUCGCCGGCAGUUGAAGAACGUCCCCAGAAAGAUGGAAGACCUCAUCCAGGGUUUCCUUCAAGAUGUAAACAUGAAAAGGGACCCGUUUAUUGUGCAGAUUGAGGACAUGCAGAGAAAAGCGAAGGAGUGCAAGACUCUGGCUGAAGAAGCAAAGGCCAAGUUCAUGGGGCAAGAAGAUGUGUUGCAGGAGCUGUUUCAGGCCUGCCUAAAUGCCAGACAGGGCAAGAAUAAGGUGUUGGAGACUGUACAGACAGAGCUGAAAGAGGUGAAGAGCCAGAUGGAGCCUGCCAGGGAUGAACAGGACCGUGCUGAGCAGAAGCACGUGAAGUUGGAAGCCCAGGGAAAUGAGGCCCUGAAGACUUUUUUCAGUGACAUUGAGAAAAGACCCAGCUCUUUGGGCAUUGUCUGUGUGGAGAAAGACAAGACUCAUUUUAUGGAAAAACACAGCACGAAACUGGAGAGGAGCCAAGAGAUGCAAGAUAGGGCUUGGCAAGAGAUGGGAAGCAACUACGAGAGGAUGAAAGACCUGAACAAGAGGACUACAGAAAUCCAGUGCGCCAUGAAUCGGUGUGAGUUCAGGGAAAGGGAUUUGGAGAGGUGUGAUUCCAUCUUGGAAGAAGGACUGGAGGCCCUGAGGAACCUGCAUCAACAGUGGAAGAAGAUGGUGCAGUUCUUUCAGAUGAUCUCCAACCUGGUCGACUUCUGUCUCAACUGGCACAUCAGGGAGUGCCUGGACUCGGAUGAAAACCUCCAGCAGGUCACACGGGCAUUCAGUGCCAUCAGUGUGGUUCAGCUGGUACAGUUGAUCUCCCACACCUAUGUCACAAUAGUUCAAAAAUACCUGAUGGAGCUACUCAGACAAGUGGGGCGUCUCCUGGGUAAGGACCGUUCCAGUUUCCACGCUGAGAAAGCCCAGUUGGAUGGAGGCUGUGAGGGUGCCCGGGAGGCCCUCACCAGGCUGGUGGGGGAGCUGAAGGGCAACUUCCAGAGCGACCUCAGCACCAGGCUGGAGACCAUAGAGAAGGUGAAACUCAAACUGAACCCCUGAACUAGGGGGAGCUGGGACAAAAGAGUUGGUGCCUCACUGGGGUCCAAGCUAUCCUCCUGAAACAAGAAAAACUCCAUUAUCAAUGAUUUUCAUGCCUUUUUCUUUUGGAUGACCUCAACCAGCCAGUGCCUCAAAGGUCACUUUGGUAAAGCUCCAUUUAGCUCCAUAUCAGCUCUUGGAGAAGAUGAGAAGGGGGCCUGCAUGUUAGGACUAGAGAAGGACUGUACGUUUCAGUCUACAGCCCCUUCAGUUCUGAAUGUGGCCAGGUGUUAAGACUCCCAUCUACUCGCUUAUCAGAGGGUCCCUCAAAGGUAACUCCCAUCCUACUUCAACCCACCCAGUUAUUAAACCCAUUAAAGCAGUGCCUUCAAUUGGGCCACUGCAAAGCAGCUUCUGCCACCUGGGCUUAAUGUAGAAGCAUAUCAUCAACCAGAAGGAAUUGGACCUUUUGUGGGGCUAGGGAGAGGGACUGGCAAUCAGCAAAUGGAGUUGUUUCUCAUGGGUGUUCCCCAACAGGAUGGUGGAAGCCAGAUGGGACAGGGGUGGAGAAUGAAGAACCCUUGAACCAGAGUGCCCCAUGGGAAAAGCAGAAUUAUGAACCCCUGCAAGGGUGCGCUUAGGCUGAAUGGAGCCAGCUGAGCAGUGACUGGGUCAGGUCCAUCUUUGCACCAUUACCCUGCCCCCUUAGCCUCCAAGCAUAGAUCUCACCCAGUGUUAUCCCACUCACCCCUGCACCAUGCUGCUAGGGAACCCUGGGAAUGCUGCUUGGAAGAACAAAGAGGAAUGCCAGCUGCCAAAAGGCAGCCUCUUUCCCCUUAGCACUGGCUAAGAGCAACUGGCUGGCCCAAGCCAGAGGCAGAAUCAUGGGCAUGAGUUUGCUGCUUGGUGUGUCGAUAGUCCUCAGCAUUUCACUGCAUUCAGUAUGUUCACUGCUUCAAGGGUCCUGACACAUUUUCAAAUUAAAGCUGGAUAGAAAACAGCCAUAAAUCUGUGCACAUUUUGAAGCACUAGCUUUGCCGCCAGUUGGCUUGUUUUAUAUCUGGAUAGACAUUUUAAAACUCCUAAUGAACAGUCCCCAGCUCUGGUAAUCCAGAUCCACGGUGGGACUCUGGAGAACGUGUCUUGGAAGCCAUCUGUUGCAGAAGACUGGCCUUGAUGAAGAAAUCCAGCAUCACCUCAAAUGUGCACGUGCAGCCUUUGAACACCUGAAGAAAUGGGUGUUUGAAGAUUGCAACAUCAGAUCUGAAACUAAGCUCAUGGUUUGUCAAGCAGUUGUGAUCCCCUCCUUGCUGCACCAAACUGAGACAUGGAGAAUGUACAGGAGACAUCUAAAGUUGUUGGAGAAGUACCAUUAAUGCUGCUAUGCUGCUGGCGCAAAAUCUUUUGAAAUAGGUGGAAAGACAGAUGCCCUGAUGUUAGCAUCUUCCUGCAAGCAAACUUCAUGAGUAUUGAGGCAUUGAUCAUCUGGCAUCAACUUUGUUGGGCUGGUCAUGUUAUCUGGAUGUCCAACUCCAGACUCCUGAAUCAAGUUUUAUUCUCGCAGCUCAGCCAAGGUGCAUGCUGAAGUGGAGGGCAGAGAAAGGGCUUCAGGGAUGUCCUCAAGGCCAACUUAAAAGUUGCAAAAUUGUAGUCAGUUCUUGGGAGACUAAUGCCCAGGACCACCCCAAAUGGAGGAAGAGUCUGCUGCAGGGAUCUCAGUACCUUGAAACCUCACAACAACAGGAGAUGGAAAAGUGGGAGCAGCAGAAAUAGUGCGUCACAGACCAAAUCAAGAAUCCAGUACUACCCACCACGCAUGGAAACACAUGUCCGAGCUGCAGUAGAGUCUGUUGAUCCCCGUUAGGCUUCAUCAGCUGUCUUCAGACUCGCAGAUAAGACAAUCAUGUAAGACUAUCAUCCUCAACUAUGAGGGAUUGCUAAAGAAGAAGGAGACAUUUUUAUGGCCUUAUAAUUAUUUUGCACGUGUGGCUGGAAUUCAUUCCUGGGCAGGCAUGAAUACUGGGCUCACAUGACCCGUGGUAAGUUUAAGCUCAUAUGACCCCAGCUAGGUAGUUAUCAAGCCUCCUUUUAAAGACCCCUAAGGUAGGAGGCAGCACCACUUCCCUUGGAAGCUGGUUACAGAUCCAAGCUACCCUGACUGUGAAGCAGUGCCUCCUGAUGUCCAGCCUGAACCUACUGUCAAUCAACUUGUGGCCGUUAUUCCUCGUUACUCCGGGAGGUGCUCGGGGGAACAGGAUCUCACCCAUUCCCCUCUGGUCCCCCCGGGUAAGUUUAUAGACGGCCACUAGAUCCCCCCUCAGCCUUCUCUUGUGGAGGUCUUGUAGCCUCUCCUCAUAGGGCCUGCCCUGCUGCCCCCUGAUCAUGCGGGUGGCCCUCCUCUGGACCGUCUCCAUGUUGUCCACAUCCCUCCUUGGACCUGCUCGUGAUGCAGCUGUGGAUGCAUGACAAGGUGCGGUGGGCCUUCCUGACUGCAUCCUCACAUUGGUGGCCCAUGUUCAUUUUGGAAUCAAUAAUGACUCCAAGAUCUCUUUCUGCCACCGUGCUUUUGAGAAGGGAGUUCCCCAGCCUGUAGGUCUGCUGCUGGUUUUUCCUGCCCAGGUGCAGCACCCUGCACUUGUCAGUAUUGAAUCCCAUCCUAUUCACAUUCAUCCACCCCUGUAACCUGUCCAGGGCCAGUUGUAUCCUGUCCCUCCCUUCUAGCAUGCCUACCUCACCCCAAAUGUUGGUGUCAUCAGUGAAUUUGAAAAGAGUGCUUUUCACCCCCUCGUCCAAGUCGCUGAUGAAGAUGUUGAACAGUGCGGGCCGGAGGACUGAGCCCUGGGGGACUCCACUGCCCACAUCCCUCCAGGUUGAAUAUGACCCGUCCACCACCACUCUGGGUGCAGCCCUCUAGCCAACUUGCGACCCAUCUGACUGUGUAGGCAUCAAUACCACAGUCACCUAGCUUUUUAAUGAGAAUGGGGUGGGAGACAGUGUGAAAGGCCUUCCUGAAGUCCAGAAAGACUACGUCCACCGCAACACCUGCGUCCAAUGAUUUUGUGACCUGAUUGUAGAAGGCAACCAAGUUGGUUUGACAGGACCUGCCCCUAAUGAACCCGUGUUGGUUGGCCUUGAGCAUCCUCCCCACUGCUGGUCCCUCAUUGAUGUGCUCCUGGAUAAUUUUCUCAAAGAGCUUCCUCAGGACUGAAGUAAGGCUAAUGGGCCUAUAGUUGCCUGCAUCCUCCCUCCUCCCCUUUCUGAAAAUGGGGACCACAUUGGCCUUCUUCCAGUCUUCUGGCACCUGGCCAGAGCGCCACGAGUGCUCCUAAAGCUGUGCCGGGGCCCUGCGAUGACCCCUGCCAAUUCCCGCAGCACCCUGGGGUGGACAGCAUCUGGACGUGUGGACCAUCUUGUUAGCUCUAGCUAAAAGCCUUAACUGAGGUGUGGUCAUAUGAACUUAGGUGUAGAAAUGACUGACAGAGAAGUACUGGGGGCACUCUCAAGAUGCUCAAGAAGGCUAGAUUUUGUUUUAUGAAUCUGAACAAGAGAUGUACAUUUAACAUUUACUGGCUGCAGGGCUGCUGGAAAACUGUCUUCUGACUAUUUUUUGCUUAAUUUGUGUUUCUUAGACUUAAUACAUAGUUUUAGAAAAUCUGUUCAUAUUCCAUUAAAGUUAUAUUUCUUUGGCUUUGAUCUGAAACUGAAUACUAUGUAGCAUUAGGUUCCUAGUGUAUUAGUAAAGCUUCUAGUUUCUCCUUCA